UUUAAUUAGAUUAAUGAAGAGAAGCAAAGAUUACGCCAGACAGAAAACUAGCAAAGGACAAAUUAGCAAGAAGAAUCCAAACUCUAAAUUUAGAGGAAUGGGAAGAUCAGAGAUAGGCAAAAAGAAGCAAGGAAUUUCAAAGAAGAUAUCAAAGUUUGAGAUUGAGCUGGAAAAUCACCUUGACUCUCCUCAAUCUGAAAAGAGUCUUAAUACAGAUAAUACGGUUGUCAAACUCCUUGGAUACCCAACUGUUGGAUGAAACAUUGAUUCAAAUUUUCCUGCAGGCCCAACAUCUGGAAAUAGAGGAGCUGAGAUUUCUGACACUUCUUCUGCCAGCUGGCAGCAAACAGAAUCAAGAAACUCAGAAAUAAGUAAAGCAGAAGAUCUAAAAUCGGCAGAGAAAAUUAGUGAAAAAAGCCAGGAAGAAAGUGAUUGUAAUCCCAUUAAUCAUCAAGAGACUCAAUUUUCACUUGAAAGAGGACUUACCUCUAUAAAUGACCAGAAGAAGGAUAACAUCAGAGAUGUCUACAACAAAGCUCGUAUGACUAAAAAGGAACAAAUCAUGAGAAGAGAGAAUGGAGCUCCAGUUCUAAGGCCUCAUUCAUUAGAUAUCGAGAAGUACUACAAAUAUAAGCUGGAUAACUACCCAGAUUUGUUCAGGAACAGGCAUAAUCCUCAAGAGCUCAGUAAGAAAGUAAAGCCCGAGGUUGUGCCCUUUGAAGACUGUAAAGCCUACAGCAGCCUGCUUGAGAGACUUAAGGCCCCUUCUGCUUUUAUACCUACCAAGAAAGUGCCUAAGAUCAAGUACUACAGAGGAAAAGAGAAGAUUGAGAGACUAAGGAAAGGACUUCCAGUGAUUGAGAGGGUCCACCCAAGCUCAACCCUGCUCAUGCCAAAUCUUCAUGAGAAAGAAGUCUUAAGCCAAAGAGAAAGACUGAUAUUAGGAGCGAUCAACGAUGCUUCAAAAGUUCAGUGUGAUACUCUUGAUGAAUUCCAAGCAAUGGCAGAUAAAUUGAAGGGCCUCUUCGAGCAUGAAUCUAAAGAGAGAACCCAAUCUUCAGCACAGAUCAUGCAAGAGUUAAAGAAAGAUAUUAAAGAAUUAAGACAAGAUAUCAGUAAAUUAAAAGUUCAAAAAGAGCAGCAAAGAGUAUCUACAGCUGCAUUAAAUGAAGCUCCUUCUCUUCAAACUCAAUCAAAUACCGAGGCCCAAGUUACUCAACCAGAAGAGAAAGAUAACAAAGCUCAGAAGAAAGAGCCCUCACAAAAGGCGAUUCCUAAAGUGACGGAUCCUUUCUCUCAAAAUUUACCAAAAGAAGAAAGUAAGAAUCCAAAAGAGGAGUCCAAAGAGGAUCCUCCUGAGCAAGAAGAAGUGAAAAAGGAAAUCAAAGAGGAUCCUCUAUCAAAAAGUAAAAUAGCUGAAGAGACUCCUUCAGUCAGCAAAUUGGAUAAUAAUGAAAAGAUGAUAUUUCAGUCUAUGAACAACAAGCCUGAAAUAGAGAACUCUAAAGUAAAGCCUUCAAAAGAAAUUGCAGACCAACAAGUUGUAGAAGAGGAAAAGAAGAAUGAAGCUCAGAACCUUUUUAGUCAGUCAAGGCAAAAUAGUCAGACAUCUCCUAGUUUUGUCGCUAGAGAAGAGUCAAAAUUCACUUCUGAAGCAAAGGAGAACCCAUUUCUAAUGAACUUAAAAGCUGAUCCUAUCAAUAAAUUCGCUUCUUCUACUCAGGAUCAGUCAAAACCCUUCUCAAGGUCAAAUACGGAUGGGAGUUCACAUCCUUUUACUCAGAAAAGCGGUGCGAGUCCUUUUGCUCAGAGUCAAAAUGCAGGAAAUACUCAAAUAUUCAGAGCUAAGACCGCUCAGAGUUUAGUACAGCCUCAUGAAAGUUUUGCUCCUUUUGCCAGGAACAAUGGAAAUGGAGAUAUGCAAGUUGACUCAGGUUUAAGAAGUAAUAGAGAUUUAGGAAGUAUUAAUAACAGAUCAACAGGAAAUUUUGUGAGACCACCUGACAGCUCAAACCCAUUUUGAGUACAAAAUGUACCGAGAGAUUCACAGAGAAGGAACAGAGGGGCCUCAGCAAGGUUUGGUAACCAAAGUCAAAUGGGAAACAGAGGUUCAGAUAAUAGAGAGAGCGAUUGGAACAAAAGUCCUUUCCAAAGAGAGCCAAGUGGUGAUAAUUCGUCUAGCUUUAGAAUGGGAAAAUUUGACAACGGCGGAAGGACCUAUAACUCAUACCCUACUGAUAAUGGAGGUCUCUUUGGUGAGCAUAAAAGGAAUAACAAGUAA